CAAAACAGUAACACGGGAACAAAGUUGUGAGUCACGGCUUCUCUCCACACAUUCCCCGUGUUUCCUUUCCCUAAGUCUUUUACAUUUUCAAACAGGACAUCUUGUCGGGUGCGUUCGAGAUUACGACGGUUUGAUUUUCACUUUGACAAAAAAAAAAAAAGCUGUCCAACUUUUUUUUUUGUUUUUUUUUUUUCCCUCUGGCAUUCAGUGGAUAUUCGCAGUGGAUGUACUUCGGGAGAUUUCACCUCAUUUUACGAAGGAGUGAGUGUCUUAUACCUCGAAAAUGUCUUAAGACCUUCCCAAACGGGAUCUACUUUUUAAGCUUUCCGUGACUCGACUUGCCACUGUUUGGCCUUAUUCGGACGGUUUGGACUUGUUUUGAGGCGCUGCACGUCUCCUUAAUCCCUCCCGGUGACAGCAGAGGUGCAGCGUCGCCUUGAACAAUCAAAGCCUCGCACGCUCUCGGAUUUAUUUGCAACCAUGGCGUCACUCGGCGACCUUGCGGAGGGCGGAGCCAAUGAGGAGUUCAGUGACAUCAUCAAGUCGCGAUCAGAUGAACAUGACUUGGUGCAGAAGAAAACAUUCACCAAGUGGAUAAAUGCACAGUUUUCAAAGGAGGGUAAAACAGCCAUCAAGGACAUGUUCUCUGACCUGAGGGAUGGGAGGAAGCUGCUGGACCUGCUGGAGGGCCUCACCGGCAACGUCCUGACCAAAGAGCGAGGCUCCACCAGAGUGCACGCGCUCAACAACAUCAACAAAGUGCUUCAAGUUCUGCAUCAGAAUAACGUGGAUCUGGUAAACAUUGGUGGCACUGACAUUGUUGAUGGGAAUCACAAGCUUACUUUGGGCCUCAUCUGGAGCAUUAUUCUUCACUGGCAGGUGAAAGACAUCAUGAAGGACGUCAUGUCCCGCCUGCAGCAGACCAACAGCGAGAAGAUCUUGCUCAGCUGGGUGCGCCAGUCCACCCGCGCUUAUCCGGAGGUCAACGUGCUGAACUUCACCACCAGCUGGGCCGACGGUCUGGCUCUCAACGCCAUCCUGCACCACUUCAGGCCAAAUGCAUUCAGUUGGGGUGGUGUGGUCCAAAUGAGGCCCGUUGAGCGUCUGGAGCACGCCUUCACUGUAGCCAAAGACCGGCUAGCUAUCGAGAGGCUACUGGACCCUGAAGACGUGGCUGUGCAGUUACCAGAUAAGAAGUCCAUACUCCUGUACGUGACGUCGCUGUUUGCGGCGCUUCCCAAAGACGUCAGCAUGGAGUCCGUCCGAGAGGUAGAGACGCUGCCGCGCAGAUUCAAAGUGGAGGCCGACGAGUCGGGUCCGGGCCUUGGUGCACAGCUGAGGGAAGCGGGCAACAGUCCCCGGCAGGAGACCCCCGAUGCCCAGACGGAGCUGGAAGGGGAGAUGGAGGGUGUCGUGCUGGAGGCCGACUUGGACACCUACCAGACCACCCUGGAGGAGGUCCUGACCUGGCUGCUGUCGGCCGAGGACGCCCUGCAGAUCCAGGAUGAGGUGUCGGACGACGUGGAGGAUGUCAAAGAGCAGUUUCACACACACGAGGCCUUCAUGAUGGAGCUGACGGCUCACCAGAGCAGCGUGGGCAAUGUGCUGCAAGCCGGCAAUCAACUGAUCGCCCAGGGCAGCCUGUCAGAAGAGGUGGAGGAUGAAAUACGGGAGCAGAUGAGCCUUCUAAAUUCCCGCUGGGAGAGCCUACGCGUGGCUAGCAUGGACCGCCAAGCCAGGUUACACGAAGUUCUAAUGGAGCUCCAGCAGCAGCAGCUCCAGCAGCUUUCUGAUUGGCUGACUCGGACAGAAGACCGCAUCAGAAAGAUCGAGACCGAGUCGCUGGCAAAAGACAUAGACGACUACAAGGAACGCAUCGAGCAGCAUAAAGAGCUUCAGAAUGACCUGGAGGCGGAGCAGGUGAAGGUAAACUCCCUGACGCACAUGGUGGUCGUGGUCGACGAAAACAGCGGCGAGACCGCCACCGCUGCCCUGGAGGAGCAGCUACAAUCUUUGGGCGAGCGCUGGGCGGCUGUUUGUCGCUGGACAGAGGAGAGGUGGCACAAGCUACAGGAAGUCUUCCUGGUGUGGCAGCAGCUCGUGUCGGAUCAGAGUUUGUUCAGAUCGUGGUUGGAAGAAAGAGAGCAGGCCUUGAGUGAAGUGCAGACCAGCAGUUUUAAGAACCCAAGUGAAAUCAACACAAAAGUGCGGCAAUUAGCUAUUCUCAAGGAGGAUAUGGAAAAGAAGAGGAGGACCCUAGACCAACUUUCGGACGCAGGCCGGGACGUGAUCUCGUUGGUGCGGAGCAGUGAGGCUGGAGCUGUCAUUGAGACGGACACCGAAGAUUUGGCCCAUCGAUGGGACAACCUGGUGCAGAAGCUGGAGGAUUGCUCCUUCCAGGUGAUGGAAGCUGUGACCUACGCUGGGAUGACACAGGUGGAUGAACGGGUCGUCAUGAAGACGGUCGCCGUGGCUGCCGCCGCUGGUGAUUCGGCCGCCGACCAGGAGCUGGCCCCUCCCGCUCCGCCCAAGAAACGACUGGUGGAAACAGACGUAGAAGUCAGGAGGCUAUUUGAAAAUAAACUUUCCAACCAUCUGAGCUGGAUCAAAAAGUGGAAGGCGUCCGCUCAAGCUCUCGCCACCACGCAUCCGGACGCUACAACUGAUAUCCGGGAGCUGCAGGAGAAGUUCAAGGCUCACGAGGUGGAACUUAAAGCAAAGGAGCCCGCCAUCGCUCAAGUGAUCCAGGAAGGUCGAGACUUGAUGGAGCAGUUGGAGAGAAAGGGCGUUCAUGUGGACUCAGUGCGGGCAGACGUAGAUCUGAUCCAGACUGAAUUGGACGCGUGCUCGAGGGAGCUGCAGGCGGCCCGCGAACGAGUGGACGCCCAGACUCGGUACACGGCGUUGUCGGCCGAGCUGGCGGGACUGGAUCGGGUCUUGGAUGAACUGGAUGCAUGGCUGGACUCCACUUGUGCUGUAGAAAAGUGUGACAGCGACCAACUCAGGAGUCUGGGUGACGAAUGUCAGUCCCGACUGGUCCCUCUCAAUGCGUCGAGUACACAGUUGGAACAGAUUUGUGCAGAUGUGGCGUCGCUGCCUUCUUUAAAAGAAACCACGGCGGCGGUGGCGGCACGUCACGCCUCCACCUUACAGCGGCUCCACAGCAAACAGCAGGAGGCCAACCAAGCUCUGGAGGCCAUUCGGGCUCGAUCUCUUCUGGUGGAGGGGCUGGAGGGCAGGCUGGCCGCACUGAGACGAGGCAUCUGCGACGUUGCCACCGUUGAGGCGGCGGUGCAGCGAGCACAGAAUUUGUGUCUGGAUAUUGAACAAACGCAGCAAGCCUCCCAUCCCGCAGAACAGCAAAGAUGGACGCAGCUUUCCACCAAAGCCCGUGAGGAGCUGGCCACGCUCAAGUGCAUUCUGGGAAGCAUGAAGGACAAUCAGGUGCAGAUGGCGGAGGUGGAGCGCUGGUUGGAGGCGGUUCAGGAGCUUUUGUCUCGGGAUGCGACAAGGUCGAGUGACACGUGCAGCUUACAGGAAGAAUUGAGUCAUUGCAAGGAAUGUGUAAACGAGAUGGAGUCCGUGCAGGGUGCUUUGAAGCAGAUGGACGAGAGCGUGAGUGCAGUGCAGGCGUCUGCGCUACCGGGGCUGGCCAAAUGGGGGCAGAGCACGGCGGAAGAGUUCCGAAGUCGAUUGGACUCGCUUUCGAAACAGUUGCUGAGCCAGCAGGAUCGUCUGUUAGAGAGUCAGGAGAAGCAGGUGAACCUGAAGAAAGACUUGGCUGAGAUGCAGGAGUGGAUGGCACAAGUGGACGAGGAAUUCCUAAUGAGGGACUUUGAGUAUAAAAGUCCGGAAGAGCUCGAGACGGCGCUGGAAGAAAUGAAGAGGGCUAAAGAGGAAGUGCUACAGAAGGAGGUGAAAGUGAAGAUCCUGAAGGACAGCAUCAACCUGUUGGUGUCCAGGACGGCACCCCCAAGUGGUGGUGUCGGGGGUGGAGGAGGAGGAAGCGGUGCGCAGGGGUUGACGGCACAACUGGAGGGCGUUCUGGGCAACUACCACAAGCUCUGCGACCGUCUCAAGAGCAAGUGCCACACCCUGGAGGAGGUGUGGUCGUGUUGGAUGGAGCUGCUGCAGUACCUGGACAUGGAGCAAUGCUGGCUCAACACCUUGGAGGAGAAGGUGCAAGCCACGGGAAGUCUACCAGAGAGCGCCGAGGUGGUUCAUGAAGCAAUCGAGAGUUUGGAGAGCGUGCUCCGCCAUCCGGCGGACAACCGCACACAAAUCCGAGAGCUGGGUCAGACGCUGAUCGAUGGCGGCAUCCUGGACGAGCUCAUCGGUGAGAAACUCGAGGCCUUCAAUUCCCGCUAUGAGCAACUCAACCACCAGGCUGUCGACAGGCAGAUGGGCCUGGAGCAGCAGCUCGCCACGCUGAAGGAGAACGAGCAAGCUCUCCAAGACCUCCAGGAGUCUCUUUGUCAGCUGGACCACACGCUCACGUCCUACCUGACCGACCGCAUCGACGCCUUCCAGCUUCCGCAGGAGGCGCAGAACAUCGGGGCAGAAAUCGCAACACAUGAAGUGACGAUGGAGGAGAUGCGGAGGAGGAACGUAGCCAACUUGCCACUGCCGGCCACUGAUGCCAAAGCUGCCAAAGGUGGCACCAUGCUGGAUCAGAUUCAGAGAAAACUGCGAGAGAUUUCCACAAAGUACCAGCUGUUCCAGAAGCCUGCUAACUUUGAGCAGCGCAUGUUGGACUGCAAGAGGGUUCUCGACGGCGCCAAGGACGAGCUGCACAUUCUGGACGUCAGGGAUUUGGAGCCGGAGAAUAUCCAGUCCCACCUCAACGGCUGCAUGAAACUGUACAAGCUGCUGAGCGAGGUGAAACUGGAGGUGGAGACGGUGAUAAAAACGGGUCGGCAGAUCGUGCAGAAACAGCAGACGGAGAACCCCAAGGCCAUGGACGAGCAGCUGACUGCUCUCAAACUGCUUUACAACGACCUUGGGGCGCAGGUAACUGAGGGCAAGCAGGACUUGGAAAAGGCCUUGUCACUGUCGCAGAAGUUCCACAAGGAGAGCGCCGCCCUGCAGGAGUGGCUGACCACUAGCGAGGCCGCGCUCCAGCAGAAGAACAACAGCGGAGACAUGCCGGCAGACAUCGAUGCUGAGAUUGGCUGGGCGAAUGGCCUUUUGAAGGAGUCCGAGCACCGUCAGCUGGAGCUGUCCAGUCUGAUGGAGACCAGCGGCGGGCUGCAGACCCUGGUGGAGGGCAGCGAGACGCAGCUGGACGACAAACUCUGCGGCCUCAACGAGUCCUGGGCACAAGUACGCACGUGGAUCGAGGACUGGCUCAGUGCUGUGCUGAGUCACCAAAAUGAGGUGGAAAUCUUCGACGAGAACCUGGCCCACAUCAGCACGUGGCUCUACCAGACUCAAAUCCACCUGGACGAGGCGGAGCGGCUGGAGCCGGAAGAGCGCAAGAAGGUGGUCAAGAACAUGCUGGAGGAGUUGGAGGACGUCGGGCUGCGUGUGGACAGCGUGAGGGACCAGGCCGUCAUCCUGAUGACCAGCCGGGGGCCCGCCUGCCGAGACGUGGUGGAGCCAAAACUGGGGGAGCUCAACUGCAACUUCGACAAAGUCUCGCAGCACAUCAAAACUGCUCAGAUGAUGACCAGUUUGGAGUCAGGUGUGGACGUGAGCCAGCAACCAGCACCUCAACAGCAUGUUCUUCCAAACCUGGAGACCUCAGUCGAGACUCAGACUGAAGCUCUGCUCCCCAACGAGGCGCAGGAGUUUCAGGCCCAGCUCCAGGACACGCUCAGGACUCUGCAGCAGGACCCUGAGAACAUCCCCGAUGAUGACAAGAUGGAUGAGGAAAAAGCCAGCGUGGAAAACCUGCUGAGACGAGGAGAAGAUCUGCUGCAGCAAACGUCCGACGAGGUCCAGAGGGAGGAAUUGAGGAUCCUGCUGCUCCGGCUCCAGAACCAGUACUCCUCGCGCAGGGAGUUGAGGGUGCUGAGAAGCAGGCAGCUCGACGUAGUUUCGUCUUCCCGCAUGAUCACGCAGCAGAUAAGAGACAUUCCGCCCGAGGAUGUGCAGUCGGUAGUGGACCGCGGCCGCACCCCCUCGCAGAGCCCGUCCAGCUACCUGCUGGACGUCAACAAAAUGCUGCUGGCCAUGGCCGACAACGAGCUGCUGCUCAACUCCUCCGAGCUCAGUGGGCGGCUCUACGAAGACUUCUCCAGCCAGGAGGACACACUCAGGACCAUCAACGAAAACCUGGAGCGGCUGGGCGAGCGGGUGGCCGCCAACCACGAGCGCCACCUGGACGUCAUCCGGCACGCGUCGCCCGCCGAGGUCUCCCAGAUGGAGGACGCCCUCACGCAGCUCAAUGCCGAGUGGGACCGCCUCAACCGCAUGUACAACCAGCGCAAAGGGAGCUUUGAUCGCGCCAUUGAGGAUUGGAGGCAGUUCCACUGCGACAUGAACGACCUGAGCCAGUGGCUGACCGACACCGAGAGGUUGCUCUCGGACGGCGUUGGUCCCGAGGGACAGUUGGACCCGGAAUCGGCACGGCGCCACCAGGAGGAUCUCGAGGAAGGCCUCGCCAGCCACCAGGCCGUCCUGGCCGGCCUCACCCGCACGGGAGAGCGCAUCAUCGGCCAGUUGUCCUCCCCCGACGGCCCGCUGCUGGAAGAGAAACUCCACGACCUGAAUCAGCGGUGGAGGGCUGCGAACUGCCAGGUCGUGGAACGACAGCGCAGGUUGGCUGGAGGAGAUCCAGCCCUGGCGGAGCUAAAGAGGAGAAGCGAGGAUUUGGCUUCAUGGCUGCAGCAGGCGGAAAAUGCUUUAGUCUCACUUCCCGUCUCCUCCACUGACCAGAAGCUUAAAGAACUCAAGGCCUUGGCCGUGGAGAUGGACGCCCAGAACGAACACCUCGGCUGGCUCAACAAACACGCACCGCAGAUCCUGGACAGGCCCGCCGUCAGCGCACAGAGCCGAGACCACCGCGUGGGCAAACUCCGAGCCAUCAACCUCAACUGGAGCAAGGUAACCCACGAGUUGUUAGACAAGGUGGGUCAGGUGGAGGCCAACCUGCAGAGUCACGCCCACUUCCGCGACAAAAUGAACCGGCUCACCGACUGGGUGGUCAUCACGCAUCAGACCAUCACAAAUCGAGGCCUGAGUCCCGGCCAAGCGCAGGCUUUGGAGGUCUCCAUGAAAGACAGGAAGAAGGACCUGGAAGACCUCUUGGCCCACUCCAUUGAACUGCAGAGACGCCAGCAGCUGUCUCCUCAUGAGAAGAGCAAGGUGGAGCAGCUGGCGGCCGACUGGAAAGUUCUGGAUGGUCGGCUGAGGGAGUCCCUGCAGGCGCACGUCUCCCCGUGGACGCUGCACCACACUCGCGUUGUGGAGCACCAGCAACUUGUCACCGUGUCUUCAGUGCCUUCGGCUGUCCAGAUGGCCAGCCUGGCGAGCGAGGACCCCCAUCACCAGACCCCACACACGCCCGACUCGGUGGCGCCCACCGACCUCAACGAGACGGCCACCGAGCUGGCGGAUUGGCUGGUCCUCAUCACGCAGAUGCUCAAGUCCAACAUCGUCACGGUGGGCGACACUGAGGAGAUCAGGACCACCGUGGCGCGCCUGCAGGUGACGAGAAGUGACCUGGAGCAGCGUCAUCCUCAGCUGGAGGACAUUUUCACCCUUGCGCAGAACAUCAAAAACAAGACGUCCAACCUGGAUGUGCGCACGUCCAUCACGGAAAAACUGGAGAGGGUGCGCAGCCAGUGGGACAACACGCAGCACGGCGUAGUGGCGCGACUCCAGCAGCUGGACAAUAUGAUUGGCCACAGCGAUCAGUGGGAGGCUCAGCGGCGGGAGGUGCAGGCUCUGAUUGGGCACAAAGAAGGAUGGUUCCAUGACAUGCUGCAGCAGUCCAGAGAGUCCGGAGACCCUCUGACCGUUCAGCUGGCUGACAGCAAGGCUUUUUUGCAAGAGCUGAGUCGGGGCCAAGCUGCGGUGGCGGCUUUCAACGAGCUGUCCGGUCAUCUUCUGCGCGAGUACUCCACCGACGACACCCGACGGGUGAAAGAAGUCAUGGAUGCGCACAAUGCCGCCUGGAACAACCUCAACAAUAGGGCGAACGACCACCACGCCCAGCUGGACGGCGAGCUGAAGGGCCUGCAGGUGUCCCUCAGGGAGCUGGAAGCCUUCCUCAAGUGGCUCCAGGAGGCCGAGACCACCGUCAACGUGCUGGCCGACGCCUCCCAGAGGGAGGACCUAUCGCAGGACUCGGCUCGCGUCAAGGAGCUGAGACGACAGCUGGAGGACAUCCAGGCUGAGAUCGAUGCCCACAAUGACAUCUACAAGAGCGUGGACAGCAACAAGUCCAAAAUGGUCAAGGCUCUGGGAAGCUCAGAGGAGGCCGUGUUCCUUCAACACAGGCUGGAUGACAUGAACCAACGCUGGAGCGACCUCAAGGCCAAAUCGGCCAACAUUCGAGCCCACCUGGAAGCGAGUGCCGAGCGCUGGUCCCGUCUGCUGGGCCUGCUGGAGGAGCUGUGGAGGUGGAUUUGCAUGCAGGACGAGGAGCUGGCCAAGCAGAUGCCCGUCGGUGGAGAUGUGCCCACCCUGCUGCAGCAGCAGAACCACUGCGCGAUUCUGCAGUCGGAACUGAAAGAACGCGAGCAGCUGGUUAUCAGCACCUUGGAGCAAGCUCGCACGUUUCUGGCUGAGCAGCCCAUUGAAGGCCCGGGAGAACCGCGCAAGAACCUGCAGCCCAAGACAGACCUCAGUCCGGAGCAAAAGGCCCGUGGCCUAGCUCGGGCCAUCCGCAAGCAGACGGGCGAGGUGAGGGAGCGCUGGGAACGUCUGAGGGGACACGCCGGAGGCUGGCAGAAUCAAGUGGAGCAAGCCCUUGAGCGAUUGCAGGACCUCCAGAGCUCCAUGGACCAGCUGGAUCUACGGCUGACUCGGGCCGAGGACGCCAAGUCUGGCUGGCAACCUGUGGGCGACCUGCUGAUUGACUCUCUGCAGGACCGCAUCGACAAUACCAUGGUAUUCCGAGACGAGAUCAGCCCGCUGCGUCAGGAUGUCCAGAUAGUAAAUGAGCUUUCUGCAGAGCUGACUCCACUGGACAUCCAGCUGUCCUCCACCGCCUCCAGGCAGCUGGACCAGCUGAACAUGAGGUGGAAGCUACUGCAGGUGGCAGUGGAGGACAGACUGAAGCUCCUCCAGGAAGCCCACCGAGACUUUGGCCCCUCCUCUCAACAUUUCUUAUCCACUUCUGUGCAGCUUCCCUGGCAACGGGCGGUUUCUCAAAAUAAAGUUCCAUAUUACAUCAACCACCAGACACAAACGACCUGCUGGGACCAUCCCAAGAUGACGGAGCUCUACCAGUCGCUAGCGGACUUGAACAACGUGAGAUUCUCUGCGUACCGCACCGCCAUGAAGAUCCGCCGGUUGCAGAAAGCUCUGUGCUUGGACCUGCUGGACCUGAGCGUGGCCCAGAACACCUUUUCGCAGCACAAGCUGACCAACAACAGCCAGCUCAUGUCCGUCCCGGACGUCAUCAACUGCCUGACGUCCAUCUACGACGGCCUGGAGCAGGAGCACAAAGACCUGGUCAACGUGCCGCUCUGCGUCGACAUGUGCCUCAACUGGCUGCUCAACGUCUACGACACUGGUCGCAGCGGGAAGAUUCGCGUCAUGUCGAUGAAGAUCGGCUUGCUGUCUCUCUGCAAGGGCCACCUGGAGGAGAAAUACAAAUACCUCUUCAGUCAGGCGGCAUCAGCGGGCGACACGUGCGACCAGCGGCAGCUCGGCCUCCUGCUUCACGAGGCCAUUCAGAUCCCCAAACAGCUGGGAGAGGUGGCCGCCUUCGGGGGCUCCAACAUUGAGCCCAGCGUGCGAAGCUGCUUCCAGCACGCCACCAACAAGGUGGAGCUGGAGCCCAGGCAGUUUGUGGACUGGAUGCGUCUGGAGCCUCAGUCCAUGGUCUGGCUCCCCGUCCUGCACCGAGUGGCCGCCGCCGAGACGGCCAAGCAUCAGGCCAAGUGCAACAUCUGCAAGGAGUGUCCCAUUGUGGGCUUCAGGUAUCGCAGUCUGAAGCAUUUCAACUACGACGUGUGUCAGAGCUGCUUUUUCUCCGGGCGCACUGCCAAGGGCCACAAGCUCAACUAUCCCAUGGUGGAGUACUGCACGCCGACAACGUCGGGCGAGGAUAUGCGAGAUUUUACCAAAGUGCUGAAGAACAAAUUCCGCUCCAAGAAGUACUUUGCCAAGCACCCUCGACUGGGCUACUUACCCGUCCAGACUGUCCUCGAGGGCGACAAUAUGGAAACUCCCGUCACCCUCAUCAGCAUGUGUCCGGAGCAGUACGAGCUGUCCCAGUCACCUCACUUGUCCCAUGAUGACACCCAUUCCAGGAUAGAGCAGUACGCCAGCAGGUUGGCACAGAUGGAGAGGUCAAACGGAUCACUGCCAACGGACAGCAGCUCGGCCACCGGAAGCAUGGACGACGAGCAUACGCUGAUCCUUCAGUACUGCCAGACGCUAGGAGGCGAGGGUUCGCCCCGCAGCCAGCCUCAGAGCCCCGCGCAGAUCCUCCAGGCCGUGGAGAGGGAGGAGCGUGGCGAGCUGGAGCGGGUCAUCAACCGCCUGGAGGAGGAGCAAAGGAGCCUCCGGAGGGAGUACGAGCAGCUGAAGGAGCAGCAGCGGAGAGGGGCCCCCGCCGGAAGCCCGCCGUCGGCCGCCCCCCCCGACGAGGCCGACCUCCUGGCCGAGGCGAAGCUGCUGCGGCAGCACAAGGGCCGGCUGGAGGCCCGCAUGCUCAUCCUGGAGGACCACAACAAGCAGCUGGAGUCGCAGCUCCAUCGGCUCAGGCAGCUCCUGCACCAGCCAGCGGCGGACUUGAGGGUAAAUGGACUUUCUUCUUCUCCCGCCGCCCAAGAUGGAGAACCACUUUCGGAGAACUCAGAUGAGCUGCUGGACCCUCACAACAGCAGCUCUAAUCUGGUCGAUGUCAUGGAGCAGAUUAACAACUCCUUCCCUGCAUGCAGUUCCUCAAGCCUCUCGUCCAGACCACAGGUGAUGUGACCACGUGACACGAGCGGCGAUCCCAAAGAAGCCCCGGAACCCAAAACUCAAACCACUUCAUCCAACCUUGUCGUCGUCUACUAUGCAAAGUGUACAACAAGGUCACCAACUGUAUGUUGUACCCGCUUUGACUUUUCGCCCUCAAUAUGGACCCCGAGCUUUGUAUCAUAUAUCCCCCCCCUUUUUUAUUAUUAUUAUGAUUUUGUUUUUCAGGGGUGCUUUUGGAAGUCAUUGGGUUCACCGGGAAUCAGUCUGUUACUUUUCCUCUGUCAUUCCACCGCUUCCACUUCCCCCCCCAACAAACUCAGAUUUAGAAAGCAGUUAUGGGAGCAUACGCACGUCCCUAUUAACAGCCGAUCUUCAAAGUACAAAGAAGUAUUAGGGCCAUACUGAAAAAGAAACAAAAUGAAUACCUUGAGACUGAAAUAUAGAUAUAUAUUUUUUAAAGUAGAAUUUUAAGAGGAAAUAAAGUCUGUAUUUUAUGAGAAUAAAGUAACAAUACAGUACUGCGGUAAAAAAAGUCUGCAUUUUGUGAGGUCAAAAAAGUCUUAAUUUCAUUUAAGUCAAGUUCUAAUUUCACUGGAAGGGCAAGGUCUGUGAAAAAUUUGGCAUAUUACAAGAAAUAAAUCCGAUUAUUACAGGAAAGCCAUUGUGACUUUAACAAAAAUAUUAUUUUGUAAUGUUAUGAGGAAAAGUUAGAAUUUUAUGGAAAGUCCUAACAUAAAAAGAAAAAUGUUUGAUGGAAAAUCACAAAUUAAUGGCAAAAAAGUUUCAAUCUGAAAAGAAAACAAAAGUCAAAGGUUUACAAGAAUAAAGUCAUGAUGCUACAAAAAGCGUCAGAAUUUUGUAACAUUACACAUUUUUCUUUUCUUAAAAAAAAACAAAAACAAAAAACUAACAGCUUUUUGUCAUAAUAUUCCAAAUUCAUUGGGACUCAUCAACUCGGAACUUUCCGACUUUUUUCUCAGAAAAUUGCAGCAUUUUUUUCCUGUAUUUUAUUAUUAUUAUUUUUUGUUCCCCCCCCCCCCAUAUUUUCAGUGUCUCCCGAACAGUCCAGCAUCAGUACACUGAGAGACUUGAUUGAAUCUGUGUUUGUGCCUAUACAGUUUGCAAUUGCACUUGUGGUGAGGCAGGUGAGUGUGUACAAAGAGAGACAUUUUGGACAUUUUGGACAAUUGCACUCGUUGUCAGACAAUGUAGAAAUUGUUUUUUUUUUUUUUUUUUUUUUUUUGGAGGAGGGAGUGGGGGGGGGGUCUUUUUGGGUUCAAAAUGAUCAAUCAAGAGGAAAGCCAUGAUUGCCUUGCUACCUCAGUCUCAUUCCGACACGCUUUAGUUUCAAACUGAACACUGCAUUGAGGAGCUGUCGAGUUGUUGUUAUUGUUUGUUUGGAAACAUUCGCGUCACUGUUACUGUACCACAAUUUUGGUCCUGCUGAACCGUGUGAGUUAUUCCUUUGUUUUGUCGCGCUAUUAAUGCUAUAGUGUAUAUCAUGUACGACUUGUGCGACUUAACAACACUACUAUAUUCUCCUCCCUCCCCUUUGCAGACUGUAGCUUCAUAUGGGUGAUUAUUUUACCAGAUACGUUACAAUGGCAGAACUGUGUUGUUGUUGUUUUUUUCUAGCCCACCCCCUCCCUCUUUUUCCUGGUAUGUAAAAUAGAUGGACCACUUUAUGUCUAAAAUGGCGACAUUGUUUUAUUUCCAAAUAAAAAUUUUAUAACAAUC